UGUCCCUUUGAUACGCAAAUAAAACCUCACCCUCACUCUUCUCUCCACCUCUCUCUCUCCUCCAAAACAUUUUACUAGUAAAUUCCCACCACACUUUCUCUCUCUCCAAACACUCUUCAACGCUCACUCUCCUCCUUCCAACCCCUCUUAUUCUGCCUAAAAAAUUCAUUAAAAAAAAAAAUAACACCAUGGAAAAUCCAGAGUUCUUCCAAGGAGGAUACUACAACACCCAAUUUACACCCGAAAAGCGACAUUCCGAUACGAAAACUGGUGGCGGUGGCGGUGGUGGCGGCGACCAUUUCAUCAUCGAUGACCUCCUAAAUUACCCCAAUGACGAUGCGGUGGUUGCGGACGGUGGCGUGUUUGACACCUUCACCGGAACCUCAACCGAGUCCUCCACCGUCACGGUCGUUGACAGCUGCAACUCCUCAUUUUCUGGCGGAUUUACCGGCGAUAUGGGUUGCCGGAGCUUGGUUGACCCUCACUUCUGUAACGACCUCUGCGUCCCGUAUGACGAUUUAGCUGAGCUAGAGUGGCUAUCGAAUUUCGUUGAAGAAUCAUUUUCGACCGAGGACUUGCAGAAGCUGCAGCUAAUAUCGGGAAUGAAAGCCCGAACCGACACUGAAAACUGCGAAUUCCAGCCCGAAUCAAACCAAAACAACCCAAUAUUCCGUCCAGAAGGGUCAGUACCGGGCAAAGCCCGCAGCAAGCGGUCACGUGCGGCCCCGUGCAACUGGACGUCUCGCCUUCUUGUUCUCUCUCCGACCACCACCAUGGCCUCACCGGCCUCAUCCGAGCCUGACACGGAGACGAGUGACGGCAAAAAGACAGUGAAAGCGGCAGUGAAGAAGCAAGAAGGAGGAGACAAUCCGGUCCCCAUGGCUAACGGUGGCGAUGGAAGGAAGUGUUUGCAUUGUGCCACUGACAAGACCCCACAGUGGCGGACCGGGCCUAUGGGCCCGAAAACACUUUGCAAUGCUUGUGGGGUACGGUAUAAGUCGGGCCGGCUUGUGCCUGAGUAUCGGCCUGCAGCAAGCCCGACAUUCAUGCUGACGAAACACUCGAACUCGCACCGAAAAGUGCUGGAGCUCCGGAGGCAGAAAGAGAUGCAGAGGGCCCAACAAAAUCAACAGCAGUACGUUCAUCAUCAGAACAUGAUGUUUGAUGCAUCGAACGGAGACGAUUACCUGAUCCAUCAGCAUAUGGGGCCCGAUUUUCGGCAGCUGAUCUAGCACGGGCUGGACUAGGGUAAUCGGGUGAGGCUUCGAGGCUUAGUGGGCGAAAUUCUUUAGAGAAUUUCAUAAUUUUCUAAUUUCCUAGAAUUAUGCUCUCCUAACUUUCAAAUUUUGUAGUUUUUGUUUUCACAAAUUUGUUGCCAAAAAAGAAUCAAAAAAAGAAAAAAGGGGAGUUUGUGCCCUCAAGGAGUUUCUCAUUUUUUUAAUAGAAAAAAAAAAAGUUAAGAUUAGGGAGUUUAGACUCUUUAAUGUUUUUUUUGCCAAAAUUUGGCAAAUUCUUGAACAAUUUUUUUCCCUAAUUCAGAUAAAUUUUAUUCA